AUGCCUUCGCAUACUCCGCAUACUCCUUCCGUUCAUCAUAAUCAUCCAACUUCAAUAUCCCGAAAGAACAAUCAUAAUUAUAAUGAUAAAUUUAUUCCAGAUAAAUCUGAACAUUUAUAUCAACUUCAGUUGCAACGUCAACAACAGAAACAAUUUUAUGAUCAACUGAAAGAUAUAUCGAUGCCAAUAUACGAGGAUCACAAUUAUUUGCAAUUCCAAGAGAAUCAUGAUUCUUACGGACAAGAUUCGCCAAUGACGACGAUACAUAAACGUUCUUCUCAAUCAAACCAUCGUCUUCAGCCUCAAUUAUAUCAGCUUCCAAAUUUAUAUAAACUGUCCCUGCAGCUAACAACUGAGUUAAAUAUACAUAAAUGGUGGGAUAACGUAAUCGACAUUUUUACUUCUUCUUAUUAUGCUACGAGGAUUCUACUAUCGGUACCUCAUGAUUUAACUGAUACUGUAAAUACUCCUUGGGGCGUAAAAGCUAUGUAUAAUAAAAACUCUUAUUGUAAUAGUAAUACUUGUUAUUCGGAAAGUGCUACUGAUAGUUGUUCAUCUUCGUCGAGUGAUACUGGACAUUCGGUAUUUGAAAAUUUAAAGAGUUUCGAUUGUGAUUCUGAACCCUUG